CAGGAUAGUAUUUUCUUUAUCAAAUCUUCACAGCCCGACAAAGUUCUCAGUCCACGCACACUUCAAAGCUGGAUCACUAAACUGAUACGCCUUUCAACUGAUGAAAAACGAGUCUCAUUAAGGUUCAUUGCCUACUCAUUGGCUCUUCAAUCUGGUAUAUCUAAAGACGACAUUGUUGCCAUGGGUAAUUGGGCAUCUUCCUCUAUGUUUGAAAACCAUUACCGCCGAGAACAUCUCUCCAGUUUUGACUUCACUAACACGUUCAUUACCAAUGACAAUAAUAUUGAAGAUGAUGAAAAUAUGGACGACAUUUUCUUCGAUGCUAUGGAUGAUAACAUGGAUUUUACUUAA